AGCAGCAGCAAACAGAGAAAAGCGGCCCAGCAUGCUCGACGACCUCCUCAAGCUCAUCAAGAACAGCCCGCGCUGGGCGCAGUCGAGGCUCGCCCGGCGGCUCGGCUUCGCCAUUGACGAGCCGGCCGAGGAGGACCCGGAGCCCGAGACCAUGGACCAUGCGAGUCUCUGGACCAAACUGCGGGUCUCCGGUGCGCAGCCGCCCGUGCGCAGCGGCCACGCGUCCGUCGUCGUGAAUGGCAUGAUGUACGUCUUUGGCGGCUACAACGACGGCAACUGUCACUUUGACUUGUACGCGUUCGACUUGACGCACCACCACUGGACAAAGCUCGAGAACAAGGGCGUCGUGUCACCCGACGGCCGCGCGUCCCACGCCUGGUGCGCCUCGGCGGACGAGACGAAGCUCUACCUCUUUGGCGGGUCCGGCCCGCAUUGGGGCCAAACCAACAUGGGCAAGCUCCUCCAGUUUACGCUGGCGACGCAAAAAUGGAGCGUCGUCACGACGGCCGGCACGCACCCGCCGCCGGGCUAUGGCCAGAGCAUGGUUGCAAUCGGCUCCAAGCUCUACCUCUUUGGUGGCACAUCAGGCCACGUCUAUGUCAACGACCUCUUUGUCUUCGACCAAGUAACCGCGACGUGGAGCUGCGCUGCCGCGACAGGCACCAAGCCGUCGCCGCGCUACAAGCACCAAGCGGUCGUGUCGGGCGACGCCAUGUACAUCAUCGGCGGUGGUCUCUACGACCCGCCAAAAGGCCCGAUCGACCUGUUUAAAUUCGACGCGCUUGCGUCGCACUGGAGUAAGAUCGAGUGCGUCGGCGACCUGCCGCGGUCGCGCAUCGCCCACAGCGUUGUCCUGCAUACGACGUCAGCUGGGAAAGCAACCUUCCUCAUGUUUGGCGGGCGUGACGAAACCGGGACGCGCAUGAACGAACUGAGCUCGCUGGACCUCGACACGUCGACGUGGGUCCGACUGUCGGAGGAUUCGAAGGCGCCGGAUGCGCGGGACUUUCACACGGGCGUCAUGUGGGAAAACGCCAUGUACAUCUUCGGUGGCUCUAACGGCGUCGAGCGCAACAGCGACGUCCACCGACUCGCGCUCGCGUUUCAACCGUCGCCGCUGCUCGUGCUCGCGGUGCAGGCGGUGCAGACCCAUCUGCGCUCCAACAUGGCACUGCAGGCUCAGUAUCGGGACGCCUACUUGCCGCUGGAGCUGCGGACGGCGGUCCAAUCGCUCAACCCGGACGUCUCGAUCGCGUCGAACGACCAGUGGUUUCCGCUGCCGGACGCGAACCGCGCCAAGCAAAAGGUGCACCCGCACGCCUUUUGCAGCUAAAAUGGCUGUUGCUUCAUGUCCGACAUAGUAAUCGUAAUAUACUCCUAUAGACGCUU